AUGCUUUGGAAACUGUACUUAUCUGUGUUAGGUGCCUCGAUUGUUUUUAAUUUUGUAGGAAUCAUUGCAAAUCUGCUUAUCACAGUGGUCAUUUAUAAGACUUGGGUCAAAAGCCGCAGAGUCUCCUCUUCGGACAGGAUCUUGUUCUGCUUGGCUGUCACUAGGUCCCUGACCCUGGGCUUGUUUCUACUGAACACUGUCUACAUAACGACAAAUGUCGCAAGGUCAGUCUACUUUUCCACAUUCUUUCUGUUGUGUUGGAAGUUUCUGGACUCCAACAGUCUCUGGUUAGUGACCUUGCUGAACAGUUUGUACUGUGUGAAGAUUACGAAUUUCCAGCAUCCAGUGUUUCUUCUGCUGAAAAGGACAAUCUCUGCAAAGACCUCCAGCCUGCUGCUGGCAUGCCUUCUGAUUUCCGCCUUCACCACACUCCUGUACCUCGUGCUCACACGGAUGUCACGCUUUCAUGAACACGUAACUGGGGGAAAUGACACUGCGUUUGACCUCAGCGAGGGCAUCCUGACAUUAGCAGCCUCCUUGGUCUUGAGCUCACUGCUACAGUUUAUGCUCAAUGUGACUUUUGCCUCCUUGUUGAUACACUCCUUGAGAAGACAUAUCCAGAAGAUGAAGAGAAACACGAGCAGCUUUUGGAAUCCCCAGAUGGAGGCUCACAUGGGUGCCAUGAGGCUGAUGGUCUGUUUCCUCUUGCUCUACAUUCCCUACUCAAUCGCUGCCCUGCUCUACCUCCCUUCCUAUGCAAGGAAGAGUAUGAGAGCCCAGGCUGUUUGCAUGAUUAUUACUGCUGCCUACCCUCCAGGACACUCUGUCCUCCUCAUUAUCACACAGCAUAAACUGAAAGCUAAAGCAAAGAAGAUUUUCUGCUUCUACAAAUAG